UAUUUUUUCCAAUUCUGUUUUCAGGUGGAGUUGGAACAAGCAUUGGAUCCGCUUAAAACAUGCAAGAGUUCCCGCCCCGACAACCCAGUCAGGUAAAUCGUUCCAUCCUUUUACAAUUCUCACAAAAACUGAAUAUUUGUAGCAAUAAUUAGAACUAGAUGCUUGAAACUUCAACUUGCAAUUAUGAUUACGUCUUAUUCAUUUUGAUGCAAACUGGAAAAGGUCUUGAAAUUCGAGAUUACUUAAAGAAAAUAUACAUUUAUGGCUCUUGAUUUAUAACACUUGAUCAGAGAAAAAGACAAUAUUCUUUGAUGGUGACCACUUUAAAAUGGGACAACGUUCCUCGUAGUCCAUUUCGCCUCUCUUUUGGCCUAGAGCCAGUCUCAAAGCUCUCCUUUGGAAUUUUUCUAGAGAAACGAUGUCCUUUACUUGGAAGGGGCACCACACUGGGGCCGCAUACUCCAGUAUUGGCCUUACU